CUUUCUUCUUCCCUUUCUCUUUAAAUCAAAGAAGAAGAAAAAAAACCCAACUUUUUCAACCAAAAAUUUCAUCCAUCUCUCUCACCUUCAAUCCAUUGAUGUUGAAGCUAUGGAGAUGGUACCAGAGAUGUCUGCAGGUGCACCCGGUGAAGACGCAGAUCAUCAGUUCAGGGUUGCUUUGGGGCCUUGGAGACAUUGGAGCCCAGGCCAUCACCCACUCCACCCUCAAGAACCAAAGCCUUCCUCAUAGCUCUGAGGAUAAAGAGUUCAAAAUUAAUUGGAGAAGGGUUGCUACGACAAGCAUGUUUGGCUUUGCUUUUGUUGGACCUGUCGGGCAUUAUUGGUAUGAAUACUUGGACCGUUUUAUUAGACUACGGGCCCAGUUGCAACCUAAAACCCUGAAGUUUGUCACAGCGAAAGUUGCUGCAGAUGGAUUACUUUUUGGGCCUGUUGAUCUGCUCAUCUUUUUCUCGUACAUGGGGUUUGCUUCAGGGAAGAAUAUAGACCAAGUGAAGGAAGAUGUAAAGAGGGAUUUCCUCCCUGGGCUUGUUGUGGGGGGCGGAGUCUGGCCGAUAGUUCAGAUUGUGAAUUUCCGAUUUGUUCCAGUGAGAUACCAACUUCUUUAUGUAAAUUUCUUUUGUUUACUGGACAGCUCGUUCCUGUCUUGGCUUGAACAACAAGGAGAUGCUUCUUGGAAGCAAUGGUUUACAUCUUUUCGUACUUUGGAGAAUAGCAAGGGCCAAACAUGAUUCCGGAUUCAUCACGCUAACAUUCUUAUGAAUGUCCGAGAACUCAUGGCAAAUGCUAAAAUCAACUAUUAAAUUCUGAAAUGAAGAUUUGGUCAGCUUUGUCUUUAAAGCUUGCUCCUUGGAUGAGUUUUUAUUUUUAUUAUCUUGGUCAGGAACUUGACCUGCUUGACAUUUCAAAAUGCCAGUGUUAUGGGGACAUCAAGCACAAAUGUUGCAGGGGUACCUAGAUAACUUUAACAUGUUUCAGCUAAGCUUGAUGGUGUA